UCCUGCUUGCCUCCAUCACUCUGAUGCAAAUUCUGCUCAGCGCAUCUUGUUAAGUCCGACCUUUUCUGAAAAUAGACAACAGCCCCACUUCACUGGCCAGACCUGAUGAUCAAAUGCUUACCGUUCUGAUGCAGCUACCCUGAUCUGCGUAGGAUCAUGAACCUCUUGCAGGAUGUCCUUGCAGUUAGCCAACGAUAACCAGGGUGGAAUAGCCGGGUACUAUUAUUAGUGGACGCUUCCGAUGCAGACAAAACGCCUACCAUCCUGACUCUACUUGAUCCAAGCUGGUGCCGAUGCAGCGUGUCUGGUGGACCCAAACAUCUCAGAAGCUUGUAAUCCACCUCCUUCUCAGGAACCGGCCUACAGAAAACCUACCAUUCCGGUCACUGCCUUUCAGUUGUCAAAUUAGGUGGAUUUGGGUGCUGUUUCUAGGAAGACAGAAGAAAAUCGAAUCCUUGGAUUCCAGCCAUGCAACUUUAUGGUGUGAAGCUAGGUUUGCUUCUGUUUUUCGUUGGCAGCUUGAGGUCAGGAUGGGCCAUUCCCUUAGAAGGUCUUGAGAAAAUCACCAUGGAUUUCUUCCGUAACAACAGCAUGCUUCUGACCACCUUCACGGGCACCACUUUUAUUGUUAAUAUUCCAAAAUGUGUCUCUUCCUCCAAGUUUUCUCCAGCCACAGUCAGAAUAGCAAUCGCUCAACUUCCGGAUGCAUCCUCUUUACCAGGUAUAACAGAUACUGACCAGAUUGAAAACCUCCGCAGGACCCCUCAGGCCCUGGUAUAUUUUGCAGAUGAAUUCAAGGACAUCUCCUGCAGAGUGGCCAGAGACCUUCUGGUCCUCGACCUGGAUGAUAGCCAAUAUGAGCUGAUCACGGUGGUAGGCUACCAGGUGGGAGGAGAAUUUUGCCGUCAAACCAAAGGUCCCUUCUGCAACCAAGCUCUUAAGCCAUCUACUUUUUAUAGGGUGAACUUCUUUUUUUUGGAUGACAAGUCUGUGAUAAGAGCCCAUACGGAUUGGUCAACAGCCAUACAGACCAGGAAUGUGACCAACUACGAAUCAGCUGAUGUGAUGUUCGAAGGGCGGGCAGGAGGAAUGAUAGUAAUUACUAUUCUGGUCUCCGUUGGUGGGGCUGUCCUUCUCGUCGCAUUAAUCGUAGCAGUUGCUCUUUCCAGUAAGAAAUAGGAAGUCUGACCAUUCCUUUCUUCUGGAUUAAAAAUGAUUCCAGAUAUGGUUGAAAAGCAGAAUUUGCUAGGGAAAUCAAAGGGGAUUCUACAGGAGCAAGCCCUCAGUUGGAACAAACUGGUGAAGAACAAGCUGGUGAAGAAUGAAAGCAGCGUCAAGUAAAACAGAACUUCUACAAUUUCUCCCAUACGAUUCUUCAGAUUCUACGCGCAUUACUUCAAAUGCAUUAUAUUUUGGACGCAUAUUGAAUCACUUCUCUGCAAAGAUAACCCUGGAUUCAGCAAAAUAUUUUUAAAUAUCUAUUAUCAGUAUUGCCCUUGUUUCAAAUGUACGAGGGUGGCCAAGCUGGGUUGGCUGCCAUAUAAUGUAUGAAAGAAUCCUGCUUAUGGCUGGGCCCAACCAAAUGCAUAAUUCCAGUUGCCUGAAGAGUUCAAAGAAAAGCAAGACCACACUUAAUUAUGGGUGUCCACAGGGGAGGCACUUCAUUGCAAAAAUGACAUGAAUUACAUAAUUUUUAUGAAUGUUUUGUGCAAUGACUUCCUCAUGGCUUCUACCAGACAUUGCUAAAAGUAACACCUCUUCUUAUUAGACCAAUUCCUAAUGGGCAAUGUCUAUAAACUUUCCAGAGUCCCUUUUUCAAUAUUCCUAUUCAAAGACUACCUCUGUGAAGCCCAGAGGCUGAUUGAGUUGCCAGAAUUUCAACAAAGAUGCUGAGUAGAAGCCACAACGAUGUCUCAUGGAACAUGACAUGAUUCUGCAUGUGACAUUGUGUAAUUUGCAAACGAAAUCAUUUGAGUUCAUUUGUGCCAUGAUAUCAAAAUGUCCAUGAUGUCAUUUACCUCCCCAAUUUCAUAUCUUUGAUAUUUAGAAACGUUUGGUUGGGGGUAGAAGGAUCUCUAGAUGCUCCACAUUAAUGUCUGUCCUCAGGAACAAAUUUCCAGAUGUUCUCACGUAGAAGGCGAAAUGCUCAAACUUCAUGUUGUAUAAAAUUAUUAGGAAAGGAGGAUGAAUAUAAUCAUAAUGCCUCAAUUAAAGAACUGAA